GCUGAUCUGUCUGCGCAGCCCUUUCGAUUUUAAAACAUUUAAUCAGCCACGAAAAUAUACGUUGGCGAGAAAGUGUGCUUUAUCAGUUUAAACGCGAAGCUUUAAUAACAAGCAAGACUUCGUAGCGCACAUUUCUGAUUAAUAACAAAGACUGUUGCCCCCAAUGCCCCGCCCCGUGUUGGCAAGGCAACCUAAUGCGUGCUGACGUCAACGAAGGCAGCCGCUGCUGACUGAGAGCAUUCGGUAACCUUAACCAUCCGCGAUUGUAAAUUGUCCGCGAUGGCAAUGGAGGUCGGUUUGGAUCCGCUGUUUCUGGCUUGGAGCUGCAGCAGAAGACGAAAGUUUGAUAGAUGCGCAGAGAUCUCCACAAAGAUCUUGACGGAAAGCCCGUAUGACCAGGCGGCGUGGAGCUUAAAGACUCGAGCUCUAACAGAGAUGGUGUACAUCGAUGAGGUUGAGGUGGAUCAAGAAGGCAUAGCGGACAUAAUGUUGGAUGAGAACUCCAUUGCCCAGGUUGCACGUCCAGGAACAUCAUUAAGACUUCCAGGAACAGGCCAUGGUGGUGCACCCACUCCAGCUGUCAGACCGAUGACCCAGUUAGGACGACCCAUAACAGGAUUUGUGAGACCUAGCACGCUCUCUGGUAGACCGGAAACUAUGGAGCAGGCCAUCAGAACCCCCCGCACAGCCCAGACGGCUCGUCCGGUCACGAGUGCUUCUGGAAGAUUUGUCAGAAUGGGAACGGCCUCUAUGCUAACAAAUCCUGAAGGACCUUUUAUUAACCUUUCUCGAUUAAGUUUGGAAAAGUAUGGAAAGAGACCAAAUGUGUCAAAGACCCUAUUUGAAUACAUCUUUCAUCAUGAAAAUGAUGUAAAAACUGCAUUAGAUCUUGCCGCUCUUGCUACCGAGCACGCUCAGUUCAGAGACUGGUGGUGGAAGGUACAGCUGGGAAAAUGUUAUUACAGGCUCGGUUUGCACCGUGAGGCUGAGAAGCAGUUUAGAUCUGCACUCAGUCACCAGGAAUUUGUUGAUACUCGCCUCUACCUUGCAAAGGUAUAUCAGCGCAUGGAUCAACCGAUCACUGCUCUACAUGUUUUAAAGCAAGGCCUUGACCACUUCCCGGCUGAGGUCACCUUGCUUACAGGAAUUGCCCGCAUCCAUGAGGAAAUGAAUAAUAUAAGCUCCGCCACAGAGUACUACAAAGAAGUUUUGAAGCAGGACAACACACACGUCGAGGCUAUUGCCUGUAUUGGCAGCAAUCAUUUCUACACUGACCAGCCAGAGAUUGCCCUGCGCUUCUACAGACGGUUGCUGCAGAUGGGAGUCUAUAAUUGCCAGCUGUAUAAUAAUCUGGGUCUGUGCUGUUUCUAUGCACAGCAGUAUGAUAUGAGCCUGUCUUCUUUUGAGAGAGCUUUAUCUCUGGUGUCCAGUGAUGAGGAACAGGCGGAUAUCUGGUAUAAUCUGGGACAUGUUGCAGUGGGCAUUGGGGAUUUGACUCUGGCUUUCCAAUGCUUUAAACUGUCCUUGGCAUUCAACAAUAAUCAUGGUGAAGCCUACAAUAACUUGGCUGUAUUGGAGUUACUGAAGGGUCGUAUUGAGCAGGGUAAAGCUUUCCUCCAGACGGCUGCUUCAUUGUCACCUCACAUGUAUGAGCCUCACUUUAAUUAUGCUACCCUAUCUGAUAAGGUUGGUGAUCUUCAGAGCAGCUAUAUGGCAGCUCAGAAAUCCGAGGAUGCUUUUCCUGAGCAUGUGGACACUCAGCAGAUCCUGAAAAACCUCAGACAACAUUUUUCUACACUAUAAAAUCAUGUCAUUGUUUGUCAUUUGACUGGUGGAUCUGGUAAAGGGGAAUUAUAAUGGUCAUAAUUAUAUCAUGGUAUUAGAUGUUCCUCAGAAAAAACGCUGCAAUUUUGAAAAAUGAGAAGUAACUUUCAAUUCAUUGGCGUGUUUUUAGCAGGUUUUCUGAAAACUCCAUCUUCCAUUAGUUGGAUAGUCUCUAUGCAUAGAUGGAUUUUGUUUGCUUUCAAUAUUAAAAAGUCUGGGUUGCAUAUAAGAAUUAUAAGGCCAUGUUUACAUUAGAGCAUUUGCGUUUUAAAACGGCAAAAUUGGCAAAAACCCUAACCCUAAUCUGGAUCAUUUGCUGGCAACAACAACAGAUAAUAUUUUUGAUCCUUAAAAAUGUGUUUGUGAAGGUCUUAUAUUGUUUUAGCUCCCCCAUACAACAUAUUAAUAUAUGAUUAAUGUUAAUGUUGAUAUUAUUUACCAAAUAGAAAGGUCUUUAUGAUAUAAAAAGGAACCAUUUAAGUAAAGUGUAAUAAUAGUAGUGAACUUGAAGCAAAAUAAAAUUCAGCAAAUGCAAACUUCCAUCAAGGAACUCUUAAUGCUUCAUCAUACCAAGACAUUUUGGACAAUUUCAUGCACCCAGAAUUGUGGGAAGAGUUUGUGGAUGUCCCCUUCCUGUUCCAACAUGACUGUACACCAGUGCACAAAGCAAGGUCCAUAUAGAAAUGGAUGAGCAAGUUUGGUGUAGAUGAACUUGACUGGCCUGCACCUCAACCCAAUAAAACAUCUUUGGCAUGAAUUAGAGCGGAGAUUACGAGUGAGGCCUUCUUGUCAAACAUCAGUGUCCGACCAGUACAUUUCUCACACAUUACACUCAUUAAAAUAUAAGGUUUUAACUAGUUAUUAUUAACAAUAACCAAUACAUAUUGCUGAGUUCAUAGAAUAUCACUGUUGACUAUAUUCAUACAAUGUUAGCAAAUUUGUUAAAAUUUAAGGAAACAGUAAUUUUAUAAAUAUACCAGCGGGUGCCAUUCAAAUAAAUAUGUUUCAAUGCUGCGUUUGGAACUAUGGGUCACUCCAUGACACGAUGUAACUUAUGUAUUUAGUUCUUCCAACAGACAUCUAGUGUGUCAUUACUCACUUAUUAUAUAGCUCUGGUUUCUGGUAUAUGCUAAACUAAUUAAACAUAUAUAACCGUAGCAUGCAAUUUGGCCUUACAAUUUGUAA